AUGUAUCAUGAGCGCCACGAAUCCUCUGGGGAAUCUGGGGGAGACCGCCGGUGGAGUUGGUGGUCUGCCAGGGACGGUUUCUGCUACCGCGGAGAGCAGUAUGUACUAGUAACCUCCGACCAGAGGGUCAUCGUUGAUAGUAUGGAGGAGAAGGAUGAUUAUGAUGAUGGUGGAGAGAAAGAUGAUGAUGGCGAGAGGCGAGAGACGAGCCUCGUAGAAGGGCGAAUAGCCAGCACCAUAAGCGAGGAAGCCGCGAUAGUACGCGAAUCCGCAGCCGGAGUAGAAGAUACACCCAAAGCCUUCUAA